AUGAAGCCCAUAUCAAAGUGUUUAGUUUUUUUUGUUCUACUUAAUGUAGUAUGUAAAGGUGUUGUAAAAUGCUCAGAUGGAAUAACUAACAACGAUAAUAUUUCAAAAAAUGAAAACAAAAUGAAUACUUUAGGCAUUUUUUUUAAAAAGGAUGAUAACAAAGGGUGUACAGGAGCAGUUGAACAAAAGUUAAUAAAUGGAGAGAAGUUUUUAAAGAAUGAUUAUCAUCAUCAUAUGGAAAAAGUUGAUGAGGAAUUGAACAAAAGUGCAGAAGAUUCAAUAAGAAUAAGAAGCAAUCAACCAAAAGAACUUUUAAUUCAUUUAUUUAAAGGAGAUAAGAAUAAUGUAGCAUCUAAUGAUUUUUACAAAGUACUCCUUGAUUGUGCAAAAGUGUCAUCAGCUAAGCCAUAUUUAAUAGAUAUUUGUGUAACAAAAUAUUUAAAAAAAUAUAACAUUGAGUUUUCACCUACAUGUUUAAGUUGCUUCUCCACAUUCAUAGGAUGUUCUUUUAUAUCUUGUAACAAACAAUGUGCAAAAGAUCAGUGUAAUAAUGAAUGUAAAUCCUGUACAGAGAAAAACUGCUUCAGGAGCUUAUUAAACUGUACUAAAUUGGAUGCAUUGCCAGAUCCCUGCAAAUAG